UGUGCGGCCCCCCUCACAUGCCAGAUGGGCUCCUGCCUCAGGGCACUGGACUUGCUGUCCCUUUCCCCGGAACACUCUUCCUCUACAAGACCACGUGGCUCGCUCCUCCACCUUCUUCGGGUCUCUGAGUGUCACUGUCGAACGGUCUCCCCUGUCCCCCCUGGUUAGAAUUGCAGCCCCUCCCUUCCUGGUCCUCCAGGUUUUCUCCAUGACACCGAAGGCUUUCUGACUCACCGUAUCCUUAUCUGUUCUGCCUGUUUACUUCUCUGUCUUCCCCUCUCCCCAGUCUCCACCUAGAUGCCACACUCUGUGUUUUUGUUCCCCUCCGUAUCCUUAGCUCCUAGAAUAGUGCCACACGCAUAGUAGGUUGUCAGGAAGCAGUUUGGGAAUGGCUGACUAGUUAUGGUUAAAGUCUUGAGCGGGGGUGUCUUUUGUUUUCUUUUUCUUUCUUUUCCUUGCUCAUCCCAGCCAGAAACUUUUGAGGUGUGUGGGAACAGAGCUGCGGACAUUUGCCGUCCCUGGGCCUUGUCCCAGGCAGCAGUGAUAGUUGUGGUGGCAGCUCUAUCCCAGGCUGACUUCCUGCCAGCUGUUCCAGGCUAUUCCUGGGCUGUGAGCCCCCAGCCCAGGAACGCUUCUCUGGCAGGCAGACCGACAGGCAGCAAGGGAGGGACGUACGUACACUCACAGCCCGUGGCGACUCAUGGGCCCUUCUCCCCUCGUUCUGUCUUCCAGGCUCCCGGGAGCAGCACCAGGGCCAGGGAGACAAUGGUCUCCGUGACUAUGGCCACUUCCGAGUGGAUCCAGUUCUUUAAGGAAGCCGGCAUUCCUCCCGGGCCUGCUGUCAAUUACGCUGUGAUGUUUGUGGAUAAUAGGAUCCAGAAGAGCAUGCUGCUGGAUCUCAACAAAGAGAUCAUGAAUGAGCUGGGCGUGACUGUGGUGGGCGACAUCAUUGCCAUCCUCAAGCAUGCCAAGGUGGUGCACCGCCAGGACAUGUGCAAAGCUGCCACUGAGUCCGUGCCCUGCAGCCCCAGCCCCCUCCCAGGCGAGAUUCGCCGAGGCACCUCUAGCGCUGCCUCUCGAAUGAUUGCUAACAGUCUGAACCGUGACUCCCCACCCGGCACUCCACCGAGGCGGCCGGACACCAGCACCUCCAAGAUCUCAGUCACCGUGUCCAACAAGAUGGCAGCGAAGACUGCCAAGGCUGCCGCCCUGGCCCGCCGCGAAGAGGAGAGCCUGGCCGUUCCCACCAAGCGGCGCCGGGUCACUGCCGAGAUGGAGGGGAAAUACAUCAUCAACAUGCCCAAAGGCACCACCCCCCGGACCCGUAAGAUCCUGGAGCAGCAGCAGGCGGCAAAAGGUCUCCACAGGACGUCCGUGUUCGACCGCCUCGGCGCCGAGACCAAGGCAGACACGACAACAGGGAAUAAACCCACAGGAGUCUUCAGCCGCCUGGGGGCCACCCCAGAGAUGGACGAGGAUCUGGCUUGGGACAGCGACAAUGACAGCAGCAGCUCUGUCCUGCAGUAUGCCGGGGUCCUGAAGAAGCUGGGCCGGGGCCCAGCCAAAUCCAGUCCCCAGCCAGCACUGACUGUCAAAGCUAAGGCCACAAGUUCGGCCACAACGGCUGCCACCCCAACACUGCGGCGUCUGGCCCUUUCCUCACGCCCUGGACUCGAGAGGAAGCCAGAGUCCCUGUCCAAAGGCAGCAUCAUCCAGAGACUGGGCAAGGCUGCCCUUGUGCCUGAGGCCCAGGACAGCCAGGUCACGAGCACCAAGAGUAAGUCCUCAGCCGAGGUCAAGGUCACCAUUAAGAGGACUCUGGUGGGGCCCCGGGGGAACAGCUCCAGCGAGGGCCUGGGUGCCCAGAUGGACCAUGCGGGCACAGUGAGCGUGUUCAAAAGACUGGGCCGCAGGACCUUCUAGCCUCUGGGCGGGGCGCAGUCCCCUCUCCAGGCUCCUGGCUCCGGCAGAGGCUCCAGUGAGGGCGCGCCCAACCCUCUGCCGGCUUCUGGAUGACACUGCUUGUCUCCCUCGGCAUUGGAGCCGGCCCGAGCUUUCUGGGGACUCACCCCAGUUUUCUGAGUCUGAGAUGGUCGUUGUGACCUGGCCUUGCCGCUCCGGUCUUUCCUUUCUCUCACGUCCUCUGUUCUCUCCUCUCUGACUGUGGCCUUGGCAGGGCACACUCCUCUACCUCUCCCAGAGCCAAGUGCCCUUUUCCCUCCCCCAUUCCCCUUCCUGCCUCUCAGCAGCAUCUGCUGCCUCAGCCCCAGCUCCUCAGCCUUCCAGUCCCCCAGAGCGGGUGUCACCUGGAGGGGCCGACUUCCCGACUUCCCCUCGCCCCUCUGCCCCGUCCCCAUGCUACUUUAACUUCUCGGUCUCUCCCUCUCUUCAUGCUGUUCAUUUCUCUUCUGUUUUCUGUCCCUGUGGCAAGGCCCGACUGUGCGCUGCGUCCUGCCUGACCCUCCUGCGCCUCCGGCCUCCCAGCGGCCCCGUCGACGGUGGCGUCGAGCCUGUAGAGACUGUUAGCCGCCCUCGCUCCCAGACCCUGGGCUGCAGCAGGGCCCCUCUGUUUUCCGGCCCUGGGCGUCUUUUUCUCUGAAAGCCUGUGGCGGGUGGCGAGCAAGGGUCACCGGGAAGGGAGGCCAGUGCCGAGAGAGAAGAAAACAGCUGUUUUAAUAUAUUUUUGUGGCUUUCAAA